AUGGACCCCACCCUGCCGGAAGCAAAUUUAAACGAUCUUCGACUUCGUGCAACGCAAACAUUGCAGUUGAUCGGACUGGUUGAAGUAAAUCGCUUGCUGUACGACCCCACGGAUAAGAAUUACACCCGCAAAAGGAUAAAAUCGGCAGCUUGGAAGGAGAUCACUAGUGCGAUUCUCGGCAUCAAGCCGGAAGAGGUAACUCGGCUACAGUCACUCCAGAUACAACAUAAGUGGAAAAGCCUCCGAACCGCGUACGUUCGUCAACGCAAACUUGCCAACCCACUGGCACCGUACCGUUAUGCUGACUUGAUGAGUUUUCUGGAUCCGUUCAUUCGGCGGGAGGAAUCUGCCGAUUUAGUUCUAGAACCGAGCCAGUUCACUGCUCCAUUUGAAAUAGAUCUUAGUGGCGAUGUCGGAACGGAGAUUGGACCAGUAUCAAUGGAGAGUCAGUGCAUGGACUUUUUCGAUCCCAUUGAGGAGGACUUCACUUGUGACAUCCAGAUGCUGCCAAAGCCGCAGAUUGUCGAUGCCCUUCCCACUGCACCGCCGUCCUCGUCGGCUGUAUCGACGGUUUCGGAAGCCAACGAGAGUACAACCACUUACGCCGGUAACAACAAUGCCCCGGAAGCGUCAGUCAGUAGCCAAAUCGUCAUAGACGAACUGGAGGUAUUUUUCUCCCAAAUGUCACGCACGGUUCGUAAGUUUUCGGCCCGUAAAAUAAUCGAACUAAAGAUGCAGAUCUUUAACUUGGUAUCGCAGGCCGAGUUGGACGAGCUGGAUGCCGCCGCUAGGCGUUAGUGUUACGUACUUACAGGAAUCUUCUCAGCCAAGGCUGGCCCACUGUUUGUGUACCGAUUUUACUCAUUUAAUUGUACCUACUCGGCUGAGAAUAAUUUGAAAAA